AUGUCAGCGCCACAGGGAUUCUUCGAUCCCUCCCAGUACCCCGGAUACCCAGAUCCGUUUGGUUACCACGGAUACCCUGAUCUCGCUCGUUUAGCAGAUUCUUCACAUUACUCCGAUCUCGCCCAGUUUCACGAAGGCCUGAUACCACAGCAGCAACUAAUCCCAGGCCACCUUCCUGUCAAUAAUCCGGGGCCUCCUCCAGGAUUCGGUGGGCAGUGGAACCCCUUGGCCCGUACUUUCGGUGGGGUUCCUGCCGGAGGUCAGCCCGCAAGUAAUGGCCCGAACAUGCCUCCAGGGUUCGGGAAUUUCGCCCAGGGUCCGCGUCGAUCUUCGGUUAGUGGUUCAGUGCCACCUUUUAUGCCGCCAUAUACGAUGCCGUCACAGAAUUCCUUCCCAAUUCCGAAUCCGCCCCCGGGUCUCGGUGGACUCCAAUCUCAACAACACAGCCGAUCCAUUUCGAUGGGCGGGGAGAUGGAUCAAUUCGGAAACUGUGGCGCGAUGCGACCUCCACCUGGCUUUGAGAAUUCUCUACAGACCCGUCCUGGGGCUCCUGGUGACAGUGACGGUUCCCACGCUCGUCACAUCCCCACUAGCAUCGCGAUGGGUGAUCAGGAUCCUGACGCAUCUGCUGGGAGAUCGCAAGUAAAGGACCGUCAACUUCGGCACAUCCCCACAAGCAUCUCGAUAGAUGAUCCGGAUACCGAUCCAUCUGUUGGGAGGCCACAAGCAACGGGCCGUGUGGCGCCGCCUGUUCGUAAGAGUCUCCACUCUGCACGCCUGCUGCAGCUUCGCCAAAAAGUGCCCGGAGCUGAGGAGAUGAAGGGAGAUUACAGUACGACUCCAUGGCGCCGUUUGGCGGCAGAGCCGAGUACGCCGACCCCAUCGGUACCAGCAUGGCGUCGUACGGCUGUACCGCUUCAGUUCGGUGAUAUGCCUACGCAAGCUGGCCCGCCUGGUCUCAACUUACCUCCUGCUGGAGCUACGAUGACUUUGGAGCAGCAGAACAACUACGCUGUGGACAAUUGGACGGAUCGUUCUCUUUCGUCGCAUGGUGAUGGUUUGCAGCAACAAGUUGAAACUGGCAAGGCUGUACCACAAACAGGUCCCAGUCGUCUGACGCAGGCGGAGUUGAUUGAAGCGCAGAAGACUCAGCGGCGUCUGGCUGAGGCUUGGGGCGAGCUGAGUGCAAAUGGGAGGAACCCAAAUCAUUCCUCGUCGGUAGUAGGUAGUAGUCGAGACUUUAUGCCUUCAACCGGUACUGCUACAACCGCCACGAGGAAACCCACGACUCAGACGGAUUCCCGCCUGCGCAUGAGUCCAAAUACCCAGGACCGUUUCUUCGCUGAAAUGGAAGUCGCACGGGAGAAGGAUCGUCAUCUUCGUGAGAAAGACAGUUCGCUGAUCGAAAUCGAUAUGAGAAACCACAAUAGUUAUCUAUACCCUAACCAACCAUCAAAGACCGACCCGUUGCUAUCAAAUGAGGGGAAUCUAAAGGACUUCGACGUGUAUAGUUUCUUCGAUGCUGUCGAGGCCAAGGAAGAGGCGCUCCUACAAGACGAGCCAGAAACCCAGCAACCUCUGCAUUCUCCCGAAGGCGACUUCCCUGCACCAUCCGUCGCUGAAAAUUGGAACUCCAAAGCUCUGCAUGGAUCCAUGCGGAACUGCAACAACUUAUGGGGAGAUGCCGAUAGCAUCACCAAUAGCGAUGGUGCUUCGUACUCUCGCCCAUCGACUCCUGCGUCACCUACCCCGAAAGGCGAUAAGUCCGGUUCGGCUCGUCGUCAGUUCCUCAUGGCGAAGCAAUCUCCCGAGCAGUUCGAUCCGCAGCAGGAGGCGUUUUCCAAGAAGAUCUCACAGAUGGCUAUAGGCCGUAGGAACCUUGAUCUACAAUCUUCUUCCGGUCCCUCUAGGAGUGACUUUGGGCCGCCCAAGCCUGCUCUCAGCGGUUCGUCACGUUUCGGUCCAUUCCGUAACGAAGGCAAUGGGAGUACCUUCCAGCAGGAUGGUGGUUCAUCGUCCCGCAAGGUUACCAAUCGCAACCUUGCAACUGGUCAGAGAGGUUUAUCGAAGUUGUCGCGUCCUGGUGCUUCUCAAAUGCGCAAGCAUGAGUCGGAGCUUGCCCAUCAGAUCGAUAUGCUGCCAGAAUCUUCUCCAGGAAACUACCGUGAUGGAAUAAUGAAGGCGGAAGAUAACGCAGAGCAAACUGCCGCUAGGUAUUGUGGUGACUACGCCUCGCGCAACGAUUUGCGCGUGACAUCGUCAGACCAGGCGAAUGUUUUCAGCAAGCCGUCAACUCAAGACACCACCGAUACUGGAGCCUUUCGUCCCGGUAAUCGCAUCGACACCUCAGGUAGCAUCGGCGACGCCUCACGCAACGGGAGGCGCACGAAAUUAUCGGUCCCGGCGUAUGUUUUUAACACGCCCACCCCCUGUAGUUGGGCCUCUCGUCCCGGCAAUCGCACCGACAAUCCAGGUAUUAUCGGCAACGCCUCGCGCAAGGGGAAGGAGGUGGAACCGUCGGACCCGGCGUAUUUCAACAAGGCGUCCGCUCAAGACACCACCGGUGCAGGCGUCGUUCGUCGCGGUAAUCUCACCGACAACUCAGGUCGCAUCGCCGGUAAUCCGUCAGCCGUGCGUGUUCCGACCUCUGUAGGAGGAGCUGAAACCGCGACCCCGCACUCAUCGGCUCCCGCAAAGGCAACCGUCCAAUUGCUUAAGCAAGUCGCCACGCCUGUGCCAGCUGUGGGUGGUCCGGCGGCGAUCCAGCAUUCCACUCCGUCAGUUUAUACUGGCUUGAGCUCUGGGCCGGUUUCGAUUGCACCGACCAGGAUUCCCGGCUUCUUCCACAAGAGCGAAUCCGGUCAGCCGCUGCACGCCGCACCUCCAGUCUCAAGCGCCCAGAGCGACGCCCCGGUUGACGCUCGCGCCGCGCCCUUCGAGCCCGCGCAGAAGCGUGCCCUCGUCUACGCUGCUACGGGCAACCCUAAGUUCAUGAAGGGUAACAAUCCCGACAGCAUUCUAACCAGCCAACGCGAGACCAUGCGGUUCCUCAACAUGUUGAAAGUGCCCGGCUACCACCACCGCCUCCCCAUGAGCGUCGACGGUCAGGUGCAUAUCUUCGAGGGCGACCUACCCCCACUCGGUCUUCCCCCGCUCGCGCCCACCUGGGACUACUCACUAUACGAGAAGCCGCCGCGCGCCAUCCCAUGGGGUGCACUCACCUGCCCUCGCGGCGAAGACGUGGAGGCCGGCGGUGUCUCGAAGCUGUACGGUCCGGAAUACGAGUAUCUCGACGGGAUCGUGUGGGAUGCCUCGCUCGGCUGCUCACGCUUCGAGACCGACGCCGAGCGCACGGCAAGACGCGGCCCCAUGUGGUGGGAGACCGGCGCGGCGAAGGAAAUGGCCGAGGACGACGACGAGGACUUGUCCAACGCGGACGGUCGCAUCGCCCGUGCUUCCAGAUAG